GUCUCGAGUCGCAGCAAUCUGUUGCGCCGCCGCCCGCUGGAGCCGGCAGAUCCGGGUCUCGUGGCUUAGAGUGACGUGGUCAAUCGAAUCAAAACAGAGGAGGGGAGGAAGCCAGCGGCCAGGAGCAGCACCGGCCGCGGCGUCCCGAGCAGCCGCAGCGUUCCGGAAGCUUCAGGCGGUCUUUCUGCCGAACCUUGGUCCCGGCCCCCAUCCUCCCCGCCCCGUCGGUUGUUGUCUGGGCGGAUUUAAACAGUCGAGUUAAAUCAAGCUGGGCAAUCAUGGCAGAAGGUGGAUUCGAUCCCUGUGAAUGUGUUUGCUCUCAUGAACAUGCAAUGAGAAGGCUGAUCAAUCUGUUGAGGCAGUCCCAGUCCUACUGCACAGACACGGAAUGUCUUCAGGAAUUACCAGGGCCCUCUGGUGAUAACGGCAUCAGUAUUACCAUGAUCUUGAUGGCCUGGAUGGUUAUUGCAGUGAUCUUGUUUCUACUGAGACCUCCUAAUCUAAGAGGAUCCAACCUAACGGGCAAGCCAACCAGUCCUCAUAAUGGACAAGAUCCACCAGCCCCUCCUGUGGACUAACUUUGUGAUAUGGGAAGUGAAAAUAGUUAACACCUUGCACGACCAAAUGAACGAAGAUGACCAGAGUACUCUUAACCCCAUUAGACUGUUUUUCCUUUUGCAUCUGCAAUAUGGGAUGGUAUUGUUUUCAUGAGCUUCUAGAAAUUUCACUCGCAAGCUUAUUUUUGCUUCCUGUGUUAUCACCAUUCCUUUUUACAGUAUAUUUGAGUAAAUGAUUAUAUUAAAAAAUUUACAUGGGCUUUUUUGGUUAUCCUAAACUUAAACAUUCCACUCAUUCUGUUUGUAACUGUGAUCAUAAUUUUUUUGUGAUGAUUUCUGGCCUGAUUGAAGGAAAUUUGAGAUCCUGCCUUUAAAUAUUUUAAAUAGUUUUGAUAGGUUUUUAAAAUUGCUUUUUUUUCAUAAGGUAUUUAUAAAGUUACUUGGUGUUCUCUGAGAUUGUAUGAAAAAAAUUAGAACCACACUGUAUUUACAUUUACCUUAAUAGUUUAUUUGUGGGUGGCAGUUUUUUCUAGUUCUUGGGACUGUGGCAGCCUUUGGAAUAUUUUACAGAUCUAUGUUAUCCACUACAACUGGCUUAUGUUGCUAGAAAAAAGAGGGGAGAAGAAAUGAAAUAGUUGUUUACUAAGUUUUCUAUUCCCACAAAAAUGUCUAAUAUUAGGAGAACUUUAAAUAAGCAUGAUUUAAAUAUGGUGGGUGAUUUACAGUCCAUUAUAGCCUUACGAGGUUCAUGAAAGGAGGAAAAAGGUUAACGCUUUCUGCCUUUGCCAGGUAUAUUCUAUACAGUAAUAAUUUAAGCUAUAAUUUAUUUGUUAAAUGGGUGCCUCUCAGGAACCUUUUCUGUUCUAACACUUCCCUGUUAAAUGGAACUCUGAAAGCUGUAUUGGGGCCUAUUUGGUUGCUGACAUUUGAAUGCUGUUUACUUAUUUAGCCUAUUUUUUUCUGUGAAGAAAAAAUUGAGUCUUUUGUUACCUUUCUGACUUCAGAAAAUAUUUGAUGGUUUACUCCAAGGGAAAAAGAGGAAAAUGAAAAAGCAAUCAAGGAUCUUUUUUCUCACCCCUUAUCUCAUUCUUUUUUAGUAAUAAGAUGGAUUGGGGUGGGGAGGAACAUUAUUAUAAGUAAAAUUUUGAAAUGUAUAAAAAGUAAAAGGUUGCAUUCUUUUGCUCAGUUUGAAAGAAAAUGAAUACAAAUGGCAUAAAUACAAGUCUGGCAUGACCUAUGUGGUUAUGGAAUUUUUUUCUUAGCAAGUGAUUACAGAUGGUUUAUGGGUGCUAGAAGAUAUUUUGCUAUCGAUGUAAGGAUUUUCCCCCCAGAUCAGUCUAGCUUUUCACUGUAUCGAUCUGAGAAAUUACAUGUAUGAAUUAAUAAACUUCUCUAUAUCAUUGUACUGUUUAA